GCAUCCCUUCUCUAACAUUGCACCAGAUAUACCUAAUGCGAUUCUUGCAUAAAGCGUGUGAGUGUGAGAAUAAGACACAUUUCCUCAACGAGAUGCAUUUCUUCAUUAUUUUCGUUAAUCUGAUUGCAUACUCCGCUUGUGUACUCGAAAAUAUUGCCAUUCAUCACUGGGAAAAAGGACGCGGAAAUUUUGUUAAGGGUAGUUAUAGCCUUUUGGAUUCUGAUGGUCGCGUGCGGACUGUCGAUUAUGAGGUGGAGGGCGAUAGGGGAUUUCGUGCGGUAGUCUCGUACAGGCCACCAGGUGGUAGUUACAGGUUUCUACUCAAUCCAAGUUCUCCAUUUCGCCGUCAAAAUCCAAUAUGGUUGCGUCAGCCAGUUGGAUUGAUCAGUCAGGAGAUCUUAAGUGGCCGAAAGUCUUAUCCUGAGUUCAAAAUAUAGUAGUAAACCUUGUUUGGGCUUAAAAACUUCUAAUUAUGGUGAUAAUACAUUUUGAAAUACUAUUUGAGUUUGGUUAAGUAUUAACCCUAGUCUGUAUGUAGAGCAAAAUUGAACGGAAACGCAUUAGAGGUAAAGUAUGAAAAAUUAAAUGAUCCCAAAUCAGCAACCGA